GCAUCCAAGAGAGACACCUCAUCGCUUUAGAAAAACGUUUGUUAGACACACACAAGCACAAUACAAAGACUUCACCUCCUCUCUCUCUCUCUCUCUCUCUCUCUUCUCUUCUCUUCUCUCUCUCACCAUCGUCAUCUUCCUCAUCCCACACACAUCCCCACACGAGCAAGAAAAGCUAUCAAUUAUUCAUCCCGAAUUCAAUCCCGUAAAAGGGCGAUAAGAGAAUUCCCAAAAACCUCUCCUCGCUGGAUUUCCGGUCGAUGCUGCUGCAAUUCGCGGGGACGUGACUGAUCCCCAGUCCUCUGUUUUUGUAAUUUUUUCUUUUUUCUCUGUCGAGUUUCGAAAGGGGACCGCUUGAAUUCCACUUGCAGCUGAUGAGAUUGCAAGACGUGGGCGUCUGACGAUUCUCUGGAGAUCGGUGGAUGAAUCGCUGUCGUAAUCGCCGAUCUUUGAACUGCUUCUGCUCUUUCUGUAUGUGAUGAUUGGUCUCAGACUUGAAGGUUGUUGAUACAUAUAUCGAGCAUUUUGAAAAUCUCGACGUCCACAAAGCUUGGCACUGCCUCAUUUAGCGGUGCCCAUGGAUGCCACCACAAGUGAAAGCCAAGCUGUUCAGUACCAUGACAUUGCUGACCAGCCAGUCGCUGCAAUCGUGGCAUCUCCUAUUCGUACAUUUCAACGCCAAACGCGGCAUUGCUCUGGCUCUGGAGAAUUCCCAUUGGCUGCUAGUCCUUCUAUCGUUCUUCACGUCCUUACAUCAUGUAAUUUCACUCCGCAAGAUCUCGCCAAGUUAGAGGCGACCUGCUCCUUCUUCAGGCAACCCGCAAAUUUCGAUCCUGACCAAGAAUUAUCGGUGACAGAGAUUGCUGCUUUGGACAUGUGCCAGAAGAGAGCUAUCUUUAAGCCGAUGACGCCUGAAGAGCGCCAAGAUUUAAAGCGAAAAUGCGGGGGUUCCUGGAAACUAGUUCUUUAUUUCUUGCUUGCCGGGGAAAUAUGUUGCAGGAGGGAGAAGUCGCAGGCAAUAGCUGGGCCUGGUCAUAGUAUUGCUGUAACGUCUGAAGGAGCGGUGUACACAUUCGGCUCAAACAUCAAUGGGCAAUUGGGACAUGGCACCACCGAAGAGGAAUGGCGGCCUCGGCUAAUCAGAUCCCUUCAAGGCGUCCGAAUAAUCCAGGCAGCUGCAGGAGCAGGCAGGACAAUGCUGAUUAGCGACGCAGGUCAGGUUUAUGCCUUUGGGAAGGACUCAUUUGGCGAAGCGGAAUGGGGGGGCCAAGGAUCUAAUCUUGUCACAACACCACGGCUAGUCGAAUCGUUGAAAGGCAUCUUCGUGGUUCAAGCUGCAAUUGGAAAUUUCUUCACGGCCGUGUUAUCUAGAGAAGGCAGGGUUUACACAUUCUGUUGGGGAAGUGAUGGCAAGCUUGGACAUCACACUGAGCCAAAUGAUGUGGAGCCCCGCCCUUUGUUGGGUGCUCUGGAGAAUAUACCAGUGGUGCAAAUAGCCGCAGGAUAUUGCUACCUUCUUGCACUGGCGUUUGAGCCUAGUGGCAUGUCAGUGUACUCUGUUGGGUGUGGCUUGGGCGGAAAGCUUGGACAUGGGGCAAAGACUGACGAGAGGCACCCUCGCUUGAUCGAACAAUUCCGGCAUUUGAAAGUUCAACCCAUGGUGGUUGCAGCUGGAGCUUGGCAUGCCGCUGUGGUCGGGCGGGAUGGACGGGUCUGCACCUGGGGAUGGGGUCGUUACGGUUGCUUGGGACAUGGCGAUGAAGAGUGCGAAUUGGUCCCUAAGGUUGUGGAAUCGCUGAACAAUGUCAAAGCAGUUCAUGUUGCAACGGGGGACUAUACGACAUUUGUGGUGUCCGAAGCAGGCGAAGUUUAUUCCUUUGGCUGCGGAGAGUCUGCUAGCCUUGGACAUGUUGCCAUGGUCGAUGGACAGGGAAAUAGGCACACGAACGUCUUGAGCCCGGCACUCGUGACCUCGCUGAAGGAGGUCAACGAGAGGAUUGUACAGAUUAGUCUCACUAACUCUAUUUACUGGAACGCCCACACGUUUGCGCUCACCGAAUCAGGAAAGCUCUACGCAUUUGGGGCAGGAGACAAGGGGCAGCUGGGCAUAGGCCCCAUCGCCAACCAGACGGAAAAGCAGACUCCGGAGGGGGUCGACGUAGACCUAAGUUAAGAAACCACCGAAACUGAUUCCCGAUGACAUUCUUUCAGCACUAUUGUGCAUAUGUUCUGUACAUAGAUUUUAGUCCUUAAUUAGGUAGGAUGGGGACUAUGCAGAUACUGACUUGAUUUCAUGGGGAAAAAAAAAAUGGACUGAUGUUUUAGGGACUCCAAUUGUGAAUAGUUGGAUGCAGGACUCGUCCAGUUUCAUUCAAUGGAUUUGAUGAAUUUGAUUUAAUUUCGAA